AUGGCGCAUCCACUCGCUAUCCUCUCGGUGGCGGAGACGAAUGUGGCCCGCGAUGUUAUCAAAGACGCUCACCCCGAUGUCGUUAUUGAUUUCCGAGAGAUUUUCCUGCAAGAACCGCCCAAGGCGCAUCUCGUCGAAUUCCUGGCUCUCGAACAUGCCGGACGCUUAAGUCCAACAACUCCUCGCCCGCCUCGUCUAGCUUUGUGCCAGUAUGAUGUGAUUGGGGCCGACCGCAUCCCUCAAUUUCACGAAUCCGUGGUCGAUGUGGUCUCUCGAGCACGAGUCAAACACACCAUCGUCGGAAAGCAGCACCAUGCCAGCCUUACACUGAACGAAUUCGACGUAUUAGUGGAUCGGUGCAUGAGUUCCCCCUUGUUCCAACAGGCACUCGCAGAUUUCCAGCUGCCAGAAGGGUUCGAGGUUGUUAUUGAGCCGUGGCCGUAUGGCGGGCUCGACCACACCGAUGAGAACCGACGAUAUUUCCAGGGUCUUUGUUUUGCCCAGGACAAGCGAUCGGGCAAUGAAGAUUCCAAUUUUUACUCCUUCCCUUUGCCGGUGAUCCCAGUGAUGGAUGCCCACACCCAGGAAAUUAUUCGUGUUGAUCGGCCUGCGACUGGCGGCAAAGGUAACGGACUAUUGGAACAGACCUUUAAACCGGAUAUCAUUGGACACUGUAAGCCGUCAGAGUAUGUACCUGAACUCCUCUCAAAUGGUACUCGCAAGGACCUCAAGCCCUUGAAUGUCGUUCAGCCAGAGGGCCCAUCCUUCCGUGUCACCGACGAGUCCCUUGUGGAGUGGCAGAAGUGGCGAUUUCGCGUGGCAUUCAACCCUCGCGAAGGUGCUACCAUUCACGACGUCUGGUAUGAUGGUCGUAGUGUCAUGCAUCGUCUGGCGGUCAGCGAAAUGACGGUACCCUACGCCGACCCGCGACCCCCAUUCCACCGUAAACAGGCCUUCGAUUUCGGAGAUGGCGGCGGUGUCAUUAAAUAUUUCGAUGCCGUGAUCACUCAACCUGAUGGUACUGCUCAAACCCUGCCGAAUGCUAUUUGUCUUCACGAACAGGACAAUGGCAUUGGCUGGAAGCAUUCAAACUGGCGCACAGGCCGUGCAGUGGUAACACGCCUCCGAGAACUGGUUGUCCAAUUCAUUAUAACGCUGGCAAAUUACGAAUACUGUUUUCUGGUGAAAUUCGAUCAAGCUGGCGGAAUAACGGUGGAGUGUCGGGCAACUGGCAUUCUGAACGUUGUAAACAUCGAUGCUGGCAAGAUGAGUGAGUACGGCAAUGUCGUGAGUGGUGGCGUCCUGGCUCAGAACCACCAACACAUUUUCUGUGUUCGCAUGGAUCCUGCUGUUGAUGGUCAGAAUAAUUCAGUUGUAGUGGAAGAGUCCCACCCAGUCCCAAAGAACGCCGUCACCAAUCCUAACGGAAACUUCUACCGGGUCAUAAAGGAGACCGUUGAGCAAGCUUCCUGGUUCGAUGCCGCUCCGCACUUGAACCGCACCAUCAAAAUUAUCAAUCCGAACAAGAUAAACCCCAUUAGCGGCAAUCCCGUCGGGUACAAGUUCAUCCCGCUGGCAUCUCAAACGUUGCUGGCAGACCCUCAGUCUGUCCAGGCACGACGAGCUCAAUUCGCCCAGCAUCACGUCUGGGUGACUAAAUACCGUGAGGGUGAGCUAUAUGCUGGAGGUCGAUAUACUCUGCAAAGCCAAGACGAGGUUGAAGGAGUAGCCGAUGCCGUUCGUCGAGGUGACGCCGUUGCCGAUACCGAUGUCGUUGUCUGGAAUUCAUUUGGUAUCACUCACAACCCUCGAGUGGAGGACUGGCCUGUGAUGCCGGUUGAAAUCCUCCAGCUGAUGAUUCGUCCCGCGGAUUUCUUCACUGCCAACCCUUCGAUCGAUGUUCCAUCCAAUAAGAAUGGCUCGUCGAGGCUAGCAGACUCGGAAUGUUGCCGCCAAGCACAUAUCUAG